AUGGACGGGUUGAAAGCAGCCGGGGACGCAGAUCCCAUAUGCAUCGUCGGCAUGGCAUGUCGCCUCCCAGGGAACAUCAGGUCUCCUUCGGAUCUCUGGAACUUCUUGGCCGAGAAGAAAACAGCUCAGGGCCCAGUGCCGCAAGAGAGGUUCAACAUUGCGGCUUUUUACCAUCCAGAUGGCUCCCGUGCUGGUCUGAUGGAUGCAAAGGGUGGCUAUUUCUUGAAUGAAGACGUUCGCAUGUUUGAGAAUGGCUUUUUCGGCAUCAACGCUAUGGAAGCCACGUAUAUGGAUCCACAGCAACGUAAACUGCUUGAACUGGUGUUCGAAUGCUUUGAGGGUACCGGAUUGUCCAUGGAGGAUGUUUCCGGCAGCAACACUGGCGUGUAUGUUGGCAAUUUCACGGUCGACUAUCAGACGAUGCAGACCCGCGAUCCGGACUAUAUGCAUCGAUAUCACGCGACUGGCUCGGGCACGGCAAUCAUGUCAAACCGCAUCAGCCACGCAUUCAACCUUCAGGGGCCGAGUAUGACGAUCGACACCGCCUGUUCAUCUUCGAUCUACUGCUUGCACAGUGCCGUGUCCGCUAUCCGCAACGGAGAGUGUGCUGGCGCUAUUGUCGCAGGCGCCAAUUUGAUCACUAGCCCUGAACAGCACCUUGGGACAAUGAAGGGCGGCGUGCUUUCACCAACGUCUACCUGCCAUACGUUUGAUGCUUCGGCUGACGGAUACGGACGCGCAGAGGCGGUGAGCGCUGUUUAUCUGAAGCCCCUUUCGUCGGCCCUUCAAGACGGCAACAAGAUCUGGGCUGUUAUUCGUGGUACAUCGGUCAACGCCAGUGGUAAAACACAGGGUAUCACGCAACCCAGCGCAGAAUUGCAGGAGAAGGUCAUCCGGGGAGCCUAUUCCGCCGCCGGUCUCAACUUUGGUGAGACUGACUAUGUCGAGUGUCAUGGAACUGGGACCGCUGUGGGAGACCCUAUCGAAGUGGAAGCAUUGCAAGCGUGCUUCGGACCAAGACAAUCGCCCUUGAAGAUUGGAUCAGUAAAAUCCAAUCUUGGCCACAGCGAAGCAGCAAGUGGUCUGACCUCGCUAAUCAAAGUAGUCAUGGCCUUUGAGAAAGGCAAGAUUCCACCGACUUAUGGCGUCGAGAAGCUAAACCCAAAGUUGGACCUUCCCAAGGCAAACAUGAAUGUGGUUACAGACAUGGAGGAUUGGCCCCGUCAGAGGCGGCGGGCGAGCAUAAACAGUUUCGGCUACGGAGGAGCUAAUGCUCAUUUAGUUGUUGAGUCCUUCGACAGUUACCUAGAGAAUCCUCCCCAACCCCCGAUUUCAGUAUCGAACCGCUUGAGACAGUUUUUUGUUGUCCCUGUCUCUGCGGCAUCAAGCAUGUCAUUGGACAUGCGAGUUGAACAAGUGCAGCAGUCAAUACAACAUAUGGAUGCUGCUACUGUGAAGAGCCUGGCGUUCACUCUCGCACAGAAGAGGCCCACUCUAUGCAAGAGGAACUUGCUGUUUGCUCAGACUGAGAUGGACGGCAGUGCGAAGCUGGUUGAAACGGAAAAAGCAGAGUGUAUUGAUCCCCUGUCUAUGAACUUGCCUUUUGCCUUCAUCUUCACGGGUCAAGGUGCACAAUAUCCCCAGCUUGGCAGGGAGCUACUUGGAAGUAACAAAACUUUCCGACGCAACAUUCAAGCACUGGACACCAUACUGCAGAACCUCCCAUCCGCCACCAGGCCCACUUGGACGAUAGAGCAGACAAUCAGCGAUCCGUCCGAAACCAGCAAGAUCAAUCACGUCGACUGCAGCCAGCCGGUCUGUACCGCUAUCCAGAUUGCCCUUGUCAACUUACUGCAGAAUUGGGGCAUAGGCCCUUUGGCAGUUGUAGGCCAUUCGUCUGGGGAGAUUGCUGCCGCUUAUACUUCCAAUCUGCUAAACAGCAGUGAAGCUUUGCUCACGGCAUACUUUCGGGGAUUCGCGGUCCAAAGGCUCAUGACCCGGGGUACUAUGGUCGCUGCAGGCAUAGGGCCAGACGCAGCGAAAGAGCUCAUAAUUGAACUCGGACUUCAAGAGGAGCUUUGCUUAGCAUGCAUAAACUCGCCUUACAGUGUUACUUUCAGCGGCUCACAAGAAGGAGCAGAGCAUCUUCUACAGACUCUACAUGGGAGGAAGGUGUUCGCGCGAAAGCUCGCCACAGGUGGACGAGCUUACCACUCACACCUGGUCAAAGCCGCCGGACAGCUGUAUGAGGAAUUGCUCGAGCCAAUUCUCGAUAAAGGGCACGUUCCUGAGGCUUCGGCUGUAAAAAUGUACUCUUCGGUGGAGACCGGUCAUGGUCAGCAUGUGCUCAAUGCAAAGCAAUGCAGAAAAGCGCGGUAUUGGCGGGACAAUCUGGAAACGUCCGUCCAAUUCAGCGAAGCUAUGCGGGCGCUCCUCGAAGAUGGCAAGAAGUUUCACAUCAUUGAAAUUGGCCCUCACCCUGCUUUCAAGGGAGCUGUCCAACAGAUCCUCGCAGCUGCCAAGCUUGACGGGAGGCUUUUCCCCUACAGCGCAACAUUGGUCCGGAACCGAGACGCCGAGGUGGCCAUUAAAAGUUUAGCCGCCUCUCUCUACCUACACGGGUAUAAGCUGCAAUGGGAACAUGUCAACAGCCUCUCCCCCGACGACGGCCAGGUCAUCCUGCAUGAUCUAGCACCAUAUCCCUGGGACUAUUCGGCAGGUUUACAAUGGUAUGAACCACGCCCGAGCGUUGAGUUGCGAAAUCGCAAGUAUCGCCGCCACGAACUUCUAGGCUCGGCGCAACUGGCCAAUAACGGAAUCAAUUGGGCCUGGCGCAAUGUUCUGCGGCUGAAUGAGGCUCUGUGGCUAUCUGACCAUAAGAUCGAGCAUCAGGUCGUCUUCCCUGCAGUUGGCUACCUUGCCAUCGGCAUUGAGGCCAUCUCUCAGGUCUUUCAAGUUGAGGAAGACCAGAUUGACAAAUGGUUCGAGUUCCGCAACGUAACCUUUACCUCAGCUCUUGUAAUUCCGCAAGAUGUUGACGCUAGGACAAAGGAGGUGGAAAUCCACACUACAUUGUCAGCACGAAAGAUCUCGAAUACGAAUACCUCCGAGGACUGGUUUGAGUUUUCUAUUUCCUCUUGGAUUGAAUCCAAAGCUACUCUUCACUGUUCCGGCAGUAUUCGUCUAUGUGACACUGUACUUGGGAGAUUGACCAGAGUGGAAGAUGCUGAGGACUUCGACCACUGCACCUUGAGCAAAUGGUACGAGAAGCUCGCCGGCGGAGGGCUUUGCUUCGGGCCAUACUUCCAGUCGCUGGAUAGCCUACGGACAGACAGCAACCACCAACGUACAGAGGCGAUAUCCACUACUACACUGACGACGAAGGUGGGCAAGGCCACGGACACGGUGUACCCUGUCCAUCCUGUCAGCAUGGAUGCCUGUCUCCAAGCCGCAAUAAUGGGAAGCACUGCUGGCAAUCUAUACAAUCUCAAGGCAUUCAUGCCAGUCUUCAUUGCGGAAUGUAGGAUUCGGGGCCUGGCGAAGACCUGCAAUGAAGAGGCCACUAUCCACACCUGUUCAACAACGACCGGCUUUUCCACCAAAAAGGUUGACUGCACUCUACUGAACGCCACGGGGGAGCCUGUCGUCAUGAUGGAAGGUGUACGUCUAUCACUCUAUGCUGGCAAUUUGCAAACAGAAGAGACCAGCACGAGUCUACAUCUCCAGCGGAAUCCCACUCUCUGUGUCCGCUGGAAACCAGAUGUGCUGCGCGUACGUCCUGGCUCAUCGAAUCAGCUCAACAAGUACGUUGAUAACUUUUCGCCGCGUCACGAACCUAUCUCGGAUGAAAGCGAUGUUGCAACCGUGGUUGGGGCUCUGCUGGACCUCGUUGGUCACAACAAACCGAGGUUCCGUGCACUGCAGAUUGGGCCCAGAUGUCAAAGAACAACCAAGUAUUGGUUGUCCUUACUCGAUAACGAGACUGCCCUCCCACGCAUCCAGUCCUGGAAUACUGCUGAUCUGUCAAUCGAUGGCACUUUGACGAUCGACAAGUCUGAGUCUGGUCCGUUUGAUGCAUUGGUAAUCGGCGGCGUGGCUUCCGAAUCAGAGCGCAUCUGGAGUGAUUGCUCGGAACAAUUUGUUUCUCUCCUAGGAGGUCAGGGCAUCAUAAUCACUUCGAAGACGAAUGCUGGUCUAGCCAGCUUAGCCGCUGCAGGAUUCACUGUCGUCGAGACGAGAAGGCAGAUUGUCUUGGGGGUGAAGCAGGCGAGACUUGAUGCACCAGUAAAAGGAAGAGACUUCCUGAUUGUGCACAAGGACCCGUCACCGGCACUGGAGAACUUUGCAAAAUCUUUGUCAAGCCACUUGAAGAAAGCCGGAGCACCCAGUGUUUCUAUCGCACCGCUCGCUGACUUACGCGCGCUCCCGACAUCGCCCGACACCAUCUGUAUUUCAUUGCUCGAGGUAGAGCGCGAGCUCCUCGCCACGAUGACACCCGGGGAUAUGGACUUACUGCGCUCGCUCACUGAUUUUACCACGCACUUACUGUGGCUCACUGGCGCCAAUAUGUUGGGUGACAACCCCGAUCCGGACCUAACGCUUUCUAGCGGCAUAUCCCGAGCUUUGAUGAUGGAACAGCCCUCGCUGCGCUUUUCCACCUUGGAUCUCGGCUCUCUAGGAAACCUAGACUUGUUGGCCAGUCUCGACAAUGCUGUCAGAGCACUUGCUACCUAUGAGGACGUCAACGACAAGGAGUUCAUCCAAGUUGAUGACGUUCUUUAUACCAGUCGUUUUGCCCCUAAUGUCUCCGUCAACGACUUGUUUCGUCGGCGUAUGGGACACCAAGAUCCUGUUCAGAAGGGGGCGCUUUCCACUAGUGGACCAGCCCGUCUAGCGAUUGCCAGACCCGGAAUUACCGAUACUCUGCACUUUCAGCAGAUCCGAUCGGCUGCGACAACUCCCCCAGCUGGUUUCAUUGACGUGGAGGUGAAGGCAGUGAGCCUCAACGCUAAAGAUGUCUACAACAUCAGCGGCCACGUUGAGACACGAAGUGGCACAUCGGCGUUAGAGUUCUGUGGGGUCGUGACCGCUGUUGCCUUAGACGUGAGUGAAAUCUCCGUAGGUGAUCGCGUUGUCGUUAUGGCCCCCAACUACUUCAGUACCGUGGAGCGCGUACCUGCGUGGUCUGCACACAGAAUGCUGCCCGGAGAAGAUGAUACAGUCCUCUGCACGAUCCCUAUUGCGUACGCUACAGCCCUUUACGCUUUGCUGGAUAGGGGGCGGCUUCGAGCAGGCGAGUCAGUUCUAAUCCACGCGGGUGCAGGUGCAUUUGGUACCGCAGCUAUUGCAUUGGCUCAGCAUCUAGGUGCUACUGUAUACACAACAUGCAGUACUCAAGCCAAGCGUCGCUAUCUGACGGAUGAACUAGGUGUUCCUCCGUGGCGCAUAUUCAAUUCACGUAACGCUUCAUUCGCGGAAGGCAUCAGAACCGCUACUGGGGAUCGAGGAGUUGACUUGGUUAUCAACUCCCUCGUUGGGGACCUGUUGCAUGCGAGUUGGAACUGUCUAGCCAACUUCGGCCGCUUCGUUGAGAUUGGCAAGCGUGAACUCGUUGACAUAGGCAAGCUGCAAAUGGACACUUUCUUGCGAAACACGACCUUCACCGCUUUCGAUUUGAGUGAGCUCUUCUACCAUGAAGACCAAUACUACCGAGACAUAUGGAUUUCGAAAACAAAAGAGGCACUCGAGCUGUACCGAGCUGGAAGAAUCAAGCCUGGGCCUAUUACCACCUAUGAUGUCUCGGAGAUCACUCAAGCAUUCCGUGCAUUCUCUUCCCGGGAUAGGGUCGGCAAAAUAGUAGUUCUCUUUCCAGAGGAUGCCCACAGCCAGAUACCACUCGCACCAUCGAGAUACCUGACUUUACUAGACUCCGAGAAGAUCUACCUCCUCGUGGGGUGCCUAGGUGGCUUAGGUCGCAGUCUCAGCCGCUGGAUGUUACAGCAAGGGGCCAGAAAUUUCGCGUUUCUAGGGCGCUCUGGUGCCGACAAACCAAGUGCAAGAGCACUAGUGGAUUAUCUCAAAGGCAGUGGCGCCAAUGUCAUGGUUAUCAGCGGUGACGUGUCGAUCGUCGAUGAUGUUCAAGCUGUCAUUGAAGCUUGUCUGGCCACGGGCAGGUCCAUCGGUGGCGUCGUCCAAGCCGCUGUAGGACUUCGGGAAGGUCUUUUCAGCCGUAUGACCAAUGAAGCUUGGCAUGCCGCUGUCCAGCCGAAGUGGAAAGGAACUUGGAAUCUACAUAACGCCCUUGGUCACAUUGACGACGCACUUGAUUUCUUCCUCUUGACAUCGUCGGUUUCCGGUAGCAUUGCAACAGCUACCGAGAGUAACUACUGCGCGGCAAACGGGUUUCUCGACGCGUGGGCACGUUGGCGUCGCUUGCAGGGUAAAAAGGCGGUCUCAGUAGGGCUAGGCAUGAUUUCCGAGGUCGGCUACCUUCACGAAAACCCGGACAUCGAGGCCCUGCUACUACGCAAAGGUAUCCAGCCGCUCAACGAACAAGAGUUCUUGCAGGUCAUUGAUCUCGCUCUAAGCGGGGAAGACGGUGACUGCCAAGCCAAGAAGCCAGGUCCGGGUCGUGCGCACAUGCUCACCGGCUUGGAGUCGCAUGCACUUCGUGAGUUGGUGGAGAAAGGCUGGGACAUGACGAGCGGUCAUCUGAUUGACCCGCGAUGCGCCAUCAUAUCUGCCUCGUUGCUUGCCCAGAUGGGUCGAGGGUGCGACAGCAGCGCUACUGUUGGACUCGCCAAUGCACCAGACUGGCUCGCAGGGUAUUCGCCGACUGUGGUCAGUGCUCUUGCUUCGGAAUCCGGGUCUUCCACAUUGGUCGAUGCCAUCGCACAGCUUGCGCGAAGGCGCUUGUCCGCUUUGAUCUUGAUGCCGGUCAAUCAGGUCGACGAGACGCAAGCUUUCGCACAGUUCGGUGUGGAUAGUAUGACUGCUGCGGAAUUCCGUACUUGGAUAUGGAACACAUUCAAGGUUGACAUUCCGUUUCUCGACCUCCUAAGCAACCAAAAAACGCUUGCUAGUUUGGCUGGGGUGAUCAGCGAGAAGUUGAGGAAAGUGUAG